CGUCGAAGGAAGCUCGGGCCAUGAGCAGGGAUAAGCCCGCUAGUCUUGUUGUGGAAGUGGUGUAAACAUUGAAGAAGUCGCGUCCGCGCAAAAACCAGAACCUCAACAUCCCACCGCUACACCGGCCGACCGCGCAUUUACUUGGAGUUCAUGGCUACGACUGGGAAUUUUGCAUACUGGCGACAUUGAUUUAUUCCUCUAUUGCUUCAUCGCUGAGCUGCGCAAGCUCAACUCAAUUACAAUAUGGUGCAAGCCGGAGUUGGGGGUCUCGACACUCCCCGAACGAACCUUGGAGAUGCGACUUAUCUCUCUACACAACAACUAGACUUCGAUAUAUCACAGGAGCAGUCCUUUCAGUCACCCUCAAAAGAUAACAAUAACCUCCUACAACAACUUGAGAAUGGCAGGCGCGGCGCGAUCAACCUCAAGACGCCUCGAAGUCGCGCAACGCUCAGUGACAGACGAAAUCUUCCUGCAGGACUCGGCGGCGGAGAAUUUACGCCCUUGCUCAAGAGUGCUACAAGAAACAGCGCGCUUCGAAUAGGAAAAGAGAAUGUGCCUGCAACACCAGCAUUUCUUAAGCCUGGGGCUUUAAGCAACAUCCCUGAAGAUCUGGGUCCUCUACCUCAUGGCAGCUCGGUAUUUGGCGAUUCUCGAAAUGGUUCAUACAUGGCGAGUACACCAAUGCCACAAAUCGAUAGCAGCAGUGCCGCUUCCACCCCUAUGGCAUUGCUUCCUAGACGCAAUGAAGGUCCAGGCGUUCUGCAAGAUGGUAAUCAGUUAUCGUUACGGGAGCAAGAGAAUGUUAUCGACAAGAUAGAGAAGGAGAACUUUGGAUUGAAGUUGAAAAUACAUUUCUUGGAAGAGGCCCUACGGAAAGCUGGACCCGGUUUCAGUGAAGCAGCCUUGAAGGAGAACACGGAGCUGAAGGUGGAAAAGGUCACAAUGCAGAAGGAACUCCUCAGGUACCGCAAAACUCUUGCCAGCGCCGAGAAAGACGUGGAGACGUACCGACAACAAUUUUUGGAGAUACAAGAUAAAUAUUCGCGGAAACACGCGAACCAGGAUCAACAGAAAGAAUUGGAUCGCAUGCGUGAGACACUUGAGGAGCGCGAGGCAGAGCUCAAUCGGUUGAGGAGUCAAGGAGCCCAAUUCGAGAACCUGAAGGACGAAGUCGAUGAUCUCAAAGCCGACCUAAGAGAGAAGGAUCGCCUGCUCGAUAACAGAGAUGACGAAGUGGAUAACCUCAAAGCCGAUCUGCGAGAAAAAGACCGCCUACUCGACAACAAAGACGAUGAACUAGAUAAUCUCAAAGAUGACAUUGAGAAGCGCGACAACACCAUCUCAGAGCUCCAGAACACUAUGAAAGAUGCUCAACGCCGAGUUGUGGAAUUAGAGGAGAAUGCCCAAGUCAGCGAAGAGCUAGACGAAGCCAAGGAGACCAUUGAGGAGCUGGAGCGGGCGUUGAAGCGUGCCAAAGCGGAGGCCGAAGAUGCUAAAGAGGAAUUAGAACACGAUCUGAAGCGCCUUGAGGAGGAAGCUGAAGAUGCUAAGGAGGAGCGAAAGGAUGCCAUCAAAGAGAAAGAACGUGCUGAAGCAGACCUGCAAGAAUUACAAGAAGAGAUCGCCAACAAAUCCAUGACCACCAAGGGCCGAAGCCGGCAAAUCGAGGAGAAGGCGAAUCGACUGCAGGAUGAACUCGAAGGCUUAAGAGAGAAAUACACAACCCUAGAAGACGAACAUGCGGACAAAGUUCGUGACAUCAAGAAGCUCAAGGAGAAGAUGGAGGACCUCAAACAGGAUAGUGAUGUCAAGGAGCAAAAGUUGAAGGACAAGAUCGAAAUUCUCCAGAACGAGAGCCAGUCUUCCUCCCGGGAAUGUGAGUCGCUUCUGCAGCGUGUCCAGGUUUUGCAAAACGAAAAUCAGUCCUCAAGUCGAGAGCGUGAGUCUCUCCUGAGGCGUAUAGAGACGAUCCAGAACGAAAAUCAAUCGUCAACGCGGGAUCGGGAGUCAUUCUUGAAGCAAGUCGAGACCAUUCAGAACGAACUUCACCAACUUUCAGAUGAGAAGAACCUCCUCCAAAUCCGCCAUGAUGCACUGACUACUGAGUCCGCCGGCCUCCAAAGAGACCUUGCCAGAUCUCAAAAGACCAUCGAGGACCUCGAAGAUAAGCUUGAACAUGAGAAAACAAUAUCUCUCAACAACGAACGCGAGGUCCGGGACCAAUAUCUCAAGGAAAUCAACCGCCUCGGUGAUGAAAUUGAGAACGUUCAGGCCAUGCAGAGAGAACAGCAGCGCGACGUAGAUGGGCAGUAUGAGGUCUGGGCCAGCGAGCGGAGAGGUCUGGAAUCGGAGAAGGAGAUGGCCGAAGAAAAGGCUGCCGGCUUGCAACGAACUAUCGACAGGCUGCAGGAAGCUGAAGGCACACUUUCAACCAAGGAAUCCAAACUCAAGCAAGCUCUUGAGAGUGAGAAAGAGAGACACGCCAAUCAGGAAUCUCUUCUUAAUCGCCAAAUUCAAGAGCUCAAGGAUGACGUGGACAGGCAAUUUAAUACUCUUGAGAGAAACAAGGAUGAAAUGAUGAGUCUUCGCGAGCAAGUCCGAAUCAGCCAGCGAGAACAGAAAGUUCUUGCUGAAAAAGUGGAAGGUCUCGAGGAUGAAGUGGAGAUCCUGCAGACGAGCCUGGAUGAUGAGAGCGACCAAGCCAACCAGGAUGUCGCAGCUGCCAAGCAAGAGUCUGAGAUCCUCCGACGACAACUACAAUCAUUGAAGCAGGACCUAGCAAAAGCAGAAUCAAUGGCUGCCAGUUCACGUGCUGAGAUUGAGGCCUUCCAGGGUGACUUGCAAGCUGGGGAAGGAAGCAAGCAGCAACUAAAUUCCAGGCUGAGAGACAUGGAGGCUCAGCUCGCUGGAGUUAGACAAGAAAAGCAAGGGCUCCAAGAUCAACUUUCGAGUCUACAGCUUGAGAUGCACUCUCUACGUGCUGUUAAGGCUGAUGCGAUAGCAGAGCGUGAUGAGCUUCAGAGCCAGUUAAGGACAUUGCAACGGCAAGAGGAAGGCACGUUCCGUCUGGAUCAGGAAAGAGUGGAUCUUCGCACGUCCAAGAUGAAAUUGGAGAGUGAAAUUCGACGACUUCGGGAAGAAAACAGACUUGCAGCUGCACAGCAACAGGCUGUUGAAUCAGAGCUCCAGCAAGAGCUCGACAGAGCCAGCGCUGAGGAAGGGCGUCUCAACUCGGAAAUUGGUGACUUACAGAGAAUCUUGAGAGGUUCCUCUGAGAAGAAGGAGCUAGCAGCAGCUAAGAAGACGAUCCAAAAGCUUGAGGCUCGGGUUCAAGAGCUCGAGGCGCAACUUGAGUCUGCUGAUGGUCAAACUGAUGUUGCACACGAGCUCUCAAUCAUCCGCCACGACCUUUCAUCAGCACGCCAGAAGGAGAGCGAGCUCCUCCAGCGUGAAGCAGCUCAAAAGGAUGUUGUCCGGACCCUCAAACGCCAGAUUACGGAGCUGGAACGCAAGGUUCAUGAGACUGAAAUCUCUCGUUUCGUAUAUUCAUCUCCCCGGUCAUCUAUCAAUGGCUCUGCACGCAAAUCUGAAGUCGUUGAGAUUCGUGCCCAGCUCGCUACAGCGCACCAGACUCUCAAAGAAGUUCGUACCCAGCUGAAGGAUGCUGAGAAGGAAACCGGCAAGAAGAUCACAGCGCUCAACAUCGACAUUCAAGCUCAGCAAGCCUCGUGGGAGUCAGAGAAAGACGAGCUAGAGCGUGCUCUCGAUGAAGCCGAACUUGCUAGAGAAGAGUUGGAGGCCAAGAACGCUACCUCCGAUGCAACGGUCACUCGCCUACGCAGCAAAAUCGACCGUCUGGAGAAAGCACUCCAGCAUGAACGUCAGAACGUUGGUGAGGACCGCAGUAUCGUUGCUGAACGUCGGGAUCUCCAUGAAAUGUUGCGUGAGACUCAAUUACAAGCGGAAUCCCUCGAAAUUGUCGUCCAGGAGCGUGAUCACAAGAUCGCUGUAAUCACGUCUGCCGAGCAAGAACUUCGCUCCCAGCUUAAGCGUGUCAGAGAUGAGCGAGCUCUGCAUCGCUCUGAAGCCACUUCCCUCCACGAGCAACUCGAAAAUCUUGAGCGUAAAUACAGGAAAGCCAAAGACAAGUGGACUGCGGAGAAGAAGACUUGGGAUACUCAGAUCAAGACCUGGGAAGCCGAAAUGAGCCACUGGGAUGCGGAGAAGAAACACUGGGACGCUGAGAAGAAGCACUGGGAUGCUGAGGAGAGACAUUGGGGAGUGGAAAGACAGCUGUGGGCGACAGAGAAGAAGAACCUCACCCGCGGCGUCAGAUUCGCAAACAUGUCUCUCUCCGUCAACGACGACUCCGAACAGCUACAGGCUCUCAAGCAAGCCAUGGAAGAGCGCGAGAAGAUGCACGUCAAGGAAAUGAGAGGCAGAGCCAUGCAAUUAGAGUGGUUGCGAGCUAAGUGCCAACGAGAAGAGAAUUUCCGUGACGACGCUGCAUACGCGAAGAAAUACAUGGCCUUGCAGAUCGAGCUGUUCAGAGCUUGGUAAGUCACAUUCAUCACAUCAUCACUUCCCCAAUGAAAUACACAUACUAACACUUGCCCCCUUCCAGCAACGAAGCAGAUAUCCGCAUCCUCGAAUCCGCCGGCGUACCUCGCCCACCUCCCCGCGAGAAGAAGAAGCCUACCAUCCGCCUCGUCGCCAUCGCCAUUCGAGCUACGGUUCGGAUGAAGAUGGGUGCUGCCAAAUGGGCCGAAUCGCGCAAGAUCCAGGAACGUAUCGAGGCUAAGAUCGAGCAGCAGAAGAUGCAGCUUUUGCAGCAGCAGCAGAAGGGGGAUGCUACUGCUCCCCAGGUGGCUUCAGCGGCUGUUACGAAGCGAAAGGGUACUUCAGGUAGUGGUGGUGCACGAUCUGCGUAUGUGUAAAUGAAUGGAUGGACGGAUGGAGUGUUGGAGGGAAGACAGGGAUGAUUCAUGACCUUUUGUUUUCCUGGUCUAUUGAUAUUGAUAUUAAGAUCAGUAUGCGAUAAGCAUCCUUUUUGCGACUGAUGGUUUCGGCGUUGGAGUAGCUGGCUGACUGUUUGGGAGCAUGGAGCCACAUGCAAUGCAUUGGAUGAGCGUUUAGGGGUGUUUGUUGUUUGUUGAUUAUGUUUGGUUUACUGCCGAAAAGACGACAAAAGACAAAGACAGGAAUGAAUGAAUAUUGUUUUUUUACUGUAGAGAGGGUACCUGUCUAGUCGGAGUCGAAAUAAAGAUCACAAUGAGA